CAUUUCAACUGGUUGUCAUUUUCCAAUAGUAGAAAAAGUUGAAAAAAGUGACGGGAGCAUAUUGAAACCUGGUUAAUUAAUUGAUUAAUGUAGAUGUCGCUGGGGUAGAGGCUUGAAGGGCAUCGUACAUGGGGCAUUCUUUAUAUGCUUUUGACUCAGCAAAAGACAGAGGAGAAAGAAGAGGAAUUUGUACGUGGCAGGGAGGAUGGGGCCAAAUAGAUAAAGCAAGCGAGGGAAGGCUACAGACAGAUAUCAGGGCAGAGCUAAAAUCGAGGCGGGAGGAAGCCAUGCUACUCAUUUUUAUUUAUCUAAAUCUUCCUGCAUUUGCAGGAGAGUGAUACAUUCUUCACAUUUGGAACAGCCACAAAGUAUAAUAUGCUUAUUGAUGUGAGAGAGAGAGAGAGGCAGUUCUCCUCUCUCUGUUUGCUUUACUGGAUCAGAUCAGCUCACAAGAGUAAUGCCAUGCCAUGCCUUACACUUGCACCAGGCAUCAAUCUCCAGGUCAUAUAUUUGAAUUGUAAAGAAAAUCUGCUAUAGUCAUAUCUUGUGACUUGUAUGACUUUGAAUGGAUCUGUUUUUAACAAGCAAACGAUACCUAUCAACAUUGGAGUUGGGAAUGUUACCAGCAAUGUCUGAGAAGUAUGUGUAAUGAUGGGACAUACUCAUCUAGAUAAUAAUAGUGGGAACUCUUACAAGAAGCUCACAGUAAAGGGAGAUAAUCUAAAAGAAUGUCCCACCGAUAUUGUUUCAGAGUGUAAUGUGGAUGAUCAUUAUUUCAAGUGUUCGUGUGAAAAUGCAUCAUCUAAGGUAAUGCAUUCUAAGACAGAUGAUGAAUAUUUCUUAGAAUUGAGGAGAACAUCUGUUUAUCAUAGUUCAAGCUCACAUAGGAAAUUUUGGCAAGGAGCUUCAAAAGGACCCAAAGGUGAAGGCAAGCUGGAUAGCGGAAGCAAUUCCAUAUCAGAAAAAGAUUUAGAUGUGCUAAACUGUUCCCAGAGACAUGCAAUGAGUCAUAUACGUGAACAACAGAAAGGAGAGAAUGAUGAUCUAGUUAGCGAGGAAUCUUCAACUAUGUAUUUAAAUAGCAUGGUAAAAGACAAGAAGCUGGAGACUGAAGAUUUAAUACAUAACAUGUCAAAUUUGCCUCAUUACCUUCAACAAACAGAGAAAGGAGAAUCAUUCCAGGAGAGAGCCCUGAGAUUUGGUGUACUGGAUUGGAGUCUUUUGGAAAAGUGGAAUCGUAACAGAGGAAGAGGGCAGAGAAGUUUUCAUUCUCCUUCUGGAAGUGAUACCUCUUCAUCCUUCUCAACCUUGGGAUCCUCCUCUUUCUCUUGCAGAAGUGAUCAUAGCUCUUCAGCUAAAAGAGAAAUGUCACCUUCUAGUUCUUUGCAUACAUAUUUGAAUUCGUCCUCUGUUUCUUCAACUAACUUGCAUGGUUUAAGCUACUUAUCUUCACCAACCAAUGGUCAAGAAAGGUAUCCAUCAUGCGUGGAAGGCUCGAGGCAUGGUUCAAAGCAAAGUUUUCCAAAUGCUCAAAUCAAAACAGAUUGUGAGGGUAAACAUUAUGAGUACUUGGACUUAAAGCUUCUUCAGAGGAAGGUGGUUGAUUCCCAAGGUUCAAAAGUGGAUGUCCCAAAUGAUAUAUGUUCAUUAGAAAAUAAGCUUUCAUACUCGGGUCAUAAAGCUCCAAAUCAGGCAUGUUUUUCAGGCUCAGCAAUGAGAAGUGAUAGUGGGAUUAAUGGGUCAAAAACUGAACAAAGUAGCAAUUUUGUUUUUGAGCUUCCUAAGGAACAAUGGGUUAGUGGUCCUGCUACCCCUGGUUUCUUUUCAGCUAGAGAUCGUUCACCAGAAACAUGCUCAGAGGUUUCACUAAAUUUGGAAGAUGUAUCCCUAAAGACUGGUGAAAAUUCAAGAUCUUUGGGAAUCACUGGAUCAAAUCAAGUGGCCAGCUUAGAGGAUGACAUAAAUAUCCACUUUGUUGACUGUUUGGAAGAACUGCCUGCUGCACAUGCUGAUGAGGGUAAUAUUUGGACAGAGGAUCCUUCCUGUAGAGGUAAAUUUGCUGCUUAUCCUCAUGAUCUAUCACCGCAGAAAGUGGAUCCAAAUAUUUCUGUAUCACCUGAAUGUGAGCGAAAUUCAAUUUGCUUGGAUGACUAUGGCCGCAUCUUUCAGGACCCUCAAGAAUCCAUUUUAGCAAAGAGUUUUGUGUGUCCUGUAGACAGCAAGCUUCGAGAUAUUUCAAGAAAUUCUAUUCAUCUGAGAACUGAUGCUAAUGAUGUUUCAUUUCGUAAAUCACAAUCUGCAAUCCGUAAUGAAUUGCAGCCAAGGAAUAAGGAUGCUGAUGUACCGGUAAAAAUAGCAGCAGCAUUUUCUGACCAGCAUCUGCCUGAAACAGUGGUUACAAAUGAAUUCCCUGUUGUUGCUUCAAGAAAUUAUAAAAACAGAAGAGCUAAAAGCUUCAGUUUAAAUGGGAGUACGGAUCGAGCAAUUAAUGACCAUUUAACUGCUUUCAUGACACCAAAAUCCUUUUCAGUCAGGUCAGCUACAUGCUCUAGUGAUUGCACUCUAUCUAAAGAUGGUUGUAAAGGAUGUAAGAAGUCUGCAGUGAGCCCUUUAAGAAGGUGGAUAGACCCUAUUGUCAAAUCAAGGGAAAGGCAUCCGAUUGAUGUAUCUUCCUGCACGUUUCUGCAAAGUAACUCAUUGCAUCAUGAUCAUGGUGCUGAUGUAUUAAAUUCCAAAGGAGGCAUUGGAGCAAAUAAAUCUCUGAGAAAGUCUCUCGCACAGGGUUUUUCUAGAGCGAGUCAUAUAACAUUAAGAAAUUCCAGUGUGAGGUCAAUCUCGUCAGAUUGUCAGGCAUUUAUAGCUUCAGAAAAUGAUAUUUCUGGCAAGCACUCCCUACAUAUAUCAAGAAGCAGAUGCAGUAGUCCCAGACCAAAACAUGAAAAGAUCUCAGAAAAAUUAUCUCAAUCUGCAUUAGAAACUGGUAUUUCUUGUUCGAGUAUGUCAGCUCCACCUGCUCAUCCUCCAAUCUUACAGGGCCUUCUACACUUUAAGUACAAGAGUGGCUUUCCCUAUUUCACAUUUUCUCGCAACGAGUCUGAUGAAAUUCUGGCAGCCAAGACAUGGAAAGAUAAUUCUGAAGGAAGAGAUUUUGAUUGGAUGUACUCAUUUCAUUCUGGGAAAAGUACUGACAAGAAAAGAAAUAAGUCCGGAUGGGGUAACUGGGGGAGAAAGGAUAAUCACAUACCUGAUCUUGUGGCAAAUAUGAAGGUGUCCAGUUCCUUAUGCUCCAAGUUGAAUGGUCAUGGCAAUGUUGAGCAUAUAGUGGAAACUGAGUUUGUUUUAUUUGGUUCAAAAAAAGGCAAUAUAAACUCAAACCCAAUAGUGCGAACAGAAUAUACAGAAAACAGCUCUUUUUCUCCUUCCCAGGUUGGCCACCCAGAAGUUUCCUCAGAUAUGCCAUUGUCCAAUUCAUCACCGGUUUCCACAACAUCCUCUACAUCGAUGCCAGGGGAUACCAUGGAAAGCAUACUCCCCAGAGACCUUGUACACUUAGACAGGAAAACUGAAAUGCAUGCGCUGGGGUAUCCUUCCAGACAAAAUUUUCGGGAGCCAUGUCAAUCUAAUUCAAUGAGAUCCAGAUCUGAAGGCAGAAAUACUAUUCAGGCCACACACACAGAGUCGAAUAUUUUAAAUUCCAAUGUGAUUCUUUCUAGUCCAUUUUCCCCUGAUCUUGAGUUGGCGGCUUUAGUAAUUAAAGUUCCAUUAGAGUGGAGAGGAAGUGUGAAGGGUGGGCAGGGAGAGGAUGCUGCCUCAAAUGAAUUUGGGGGCUGGGGUCUGAAAUUUCUUGCAAAAAACUUAGGUGGUUCAAGUACAGAUACUUAUUUUGACUAUCCAAUGAAUUUGCCUCCCGAAUUUGAUGAUUAUAGUCAUUGUCACUCUCUCAAAUCAAGCGUCAGUCCAAUGGAAUUUGGUAAUAUAUCAACGGAGAAUUCAUGCCUGAAUUCAGAAAGAUGCUCAUUUGAAUAUGGGUCGUCAGAAAGUUCAGACAUCCACUCAAGCUGCGGAGCUCAAGGACAUACAGGUGUGACUGUCAUAAUUCCAGCAGGCAUACAUAGCCAGCCGUCGACCAACUCUGGUGGGCCUUCACCUCUGAUUGAAAGAUGGCGGUCUGGUGGAAGCUGUGAUUGUGGUGGGUGGGAUUUAGGUUGUCCAUUAACUAUACUUGAGAAUCAAAAUCCAAACAAGAACAGUUCAUCAGAAAGGAUUGUUCGGGCUAAUCAAGGGACGCUUGCUCUGAGCUUGGAUGUUGUUCACGAUGGACUGUAUUUGCUUAGAUUCCAUCCACAAUUGUCAGCUUUGCAAGCUUUCUCUAUUGGCGUUGCCACGCUGCACAGUCGAGAACCACUCAUGUUUUCUAAGGAGGCUCAAAUAGAAAGGCCUUGCUGUAGAUCAUCACACCCUCCUCGUGCAAAGCAAGGAAAGACAUUAAGUCAAGCGAUAUCAACCCCAGAGGAUGAUAUUCCAUUAAGUAUGCCUAACAACCAUGAUAUAUUUUUUGCAAGCCGUGUAUCUGAUCCUCCUCUUUCUCCGUUUGGGAGAGUGUAAUAUCCAUGUAAUAUUGUAUUCUGGCCACUUUCUUUGUUCUUUAGUUUGGCAGCUUUGAGUGUUGUCAAAUAAUUUGCAUUGGAGUCGUCCUUUUUGUAUCGUAUUUUCCAGUCUUUUCCUUGGAAAACUACUUGUUGAGCUACAUUUGUAGAUUAUCAUGUAACCAAAUGGAGCUGGUCUAAAUACCGGAGGAUGCAGACGGUUGAUGCUAACUAUGAACGAGACAGAAUACUGCACAUCCUUUCGAAGUUGAAAUCUUUUGUAGUGUGGAUAACUUGGAACGCAGAUAUGCUUCCAGGCAAAUGCUGAAGUAGUUGCUUAAUCUUUUACUCACCAAAUUCUGUCCUACCAUCAAAACGAAAGCCUUGGUAUUUCCACCAGUAGUUUAUUUGGUUGCUAAUAGUUUCUAGGAAAUGGUGAUACAGAAUAUAUCAUCCAGCCAAAUAUGCAAGCUCAUAGCUUUUAGCUUCCAAGAUAAGCAUCAAACAGACUAUGGAAAAUAUAAGUGUUUAUUUCCUCUGCAAAUCUCUUAUACUGGGUGCUAGAUAUAAUAUGAAAUGGCCUAAUUUAAUC